UUAUCUCGUCAGACUUAACCAGUACCAGUAACGUAACAGUAGUAGCAGUAGUAGUAGUGGUAGUUACUUGUCCCUAAAAUACUAUAACCCCUAAAGACACAGAGGGACCAGAGAGAGAAGAAAAGCGGAUUGAAAACUAGAAACGGACAAAAAGCAGUGAGCGUGUGUGUGUCUGUGGUGGGGAGCCCGUGUACGUUAACUUCGUGUGCGUGUAGCGGCGUGUGCGUGGGUGAUGUGUGGCUUCCCUGAGGAGAAAUGACGAGUGAAUCCACAGAGGAGGAGGCCAGGAAGAGGAGGCGGAGCAGAGUGGCGUGUGUCAGGCGGCACAAGGGAAAAUGUGGAUGGCUGUUCACGGCGGGGUUGUUGGUCCUCCUGCUUGGGGUAGUGGCGCCCUCUCACACCACCAUCUCCUGCAAAGACACCUCUAUUCGCCGGGAUGUGAAGAAGGACACCGUCAACAUUGGGACACUCUUCACCAUCAGCCUUAUAGUGCCUUUCUUUGUGAUGACGCUUAUUGAAUACCUGGUUCCCCCAUCCACCCAAACUCCACCGGGCACCACCCCAAUCCGUGCCAGUCUUCGCAGGGGUUGGCGGUACUUCACUGAUCUCUUCGUCGGGGUCCUCUUCACCUACUUCUUCACGGAUCUCCUGAAAACCUCGGUCGGGGAAGCAAGACCCAACUUCUGGAACACGUGCAAACCCAACUUGACCGAGGAGCAGUGUAGCCAAGACUACAUAACGGUCACCUGGAAGGACUGCACCAACCCCGGGGGCCUGAAACACUGGCGCCUGGCGGAGACCAUGAAAUCCUUCCCAUCGGGCCACGCAUCCAUUUCCGUGUAUUCUGUUGUCUUCAUGAUCAUAUACACACACAAGCGGCUCUGGCAACGGUGGUCAUCCCUGUCCAGUCCGUUCGUUCAGAUGCUGUGGUUGACCUGGGCGGUGGUGUGCUGUCAGUCACGUAUUUGGGACAACAAGCACUUCUGGUGGGACGUGCUGGUCGGGGCUAUGCUGGGAGUUGCAGGGGGCUUCCUUACGGUUCACUUCCUCACCAACUGGUUCGAGAGAGAAGACGAGUCCCCCCACCCCUCCCCACCUAAGGAAGACUCCCCUCCUCCCUCCUCCUCCGCCUCCUACAUCCCCGAGGAGGAGGAGGAGGAGGAGGAGGUAGUGGAAAACGCCUCCCAUUUCUCCCGUACCUCCAUCAAGAGACUGAUUGCAGAGGGAGGAGGAGGAGGAGGAGGAGGAGGAGGAGGGAGUGAGAGAGAGUUGAGACAUAUCAGCAGUGCACCAUGAGAGAGAGAGAGAGAGAGAGAGAGAGAGAGAGAGAGAGAGAGAGAGAGAGAGAGAGAGAGAGAGAGAGAA